AUGCCUGCGCAUGCAUUCUUAGGAUGCCCGUCACAAAUCCCCCCCAAAAUUCAAGACCUCGCCCAAGCAGAAAUAAAGAAGAUUCAGUCGAAUCGUCCAGGUCAAAAAGAGGCAUCGGAUAAGGUCGUUGCUUCACGCGACCUGAAUGCGUUACAAAAUGUGGCAUCCAUAGUGAUGCAGAAAAAGGCAAAGGAGGUGUAUCUUAUUGGUCAAGGUGGCUUCAACCAGGUGUUUGCAAUCAUCUUCGAAGACGGAACGGACAUCAUUGCACGCAUCAAUGGUAGCCGCGCCUUACAAGAUUCAGACAAGCCGCCAGCCGAAAUAGUACGACGCAUCCAAAGCGAAUUCGCGACAAUCAAAUUCAUACAAACAAAUACGACGAUUCCAGUUCCUGAGAUCAUCUUCCGAGAAAACAAUUUCGAAAACAAUGUCGGUGCACCGUAUAGCCUGCAGAAGCGUAUUAUCGGACAAAUGAUGGCUGAUAUAUGGCCAAGCAAGUUCAAUCCUUCUUGCAUGAACGGCGAACAAGCUAUUAGCGCAGUCAAGCAAAUCGCGGACUUCGAAUGUCAGCUACUGCGUUACCCAAGCUUUGAUUCUAUCGGAAGCCUUGAAUACGACGAAGCUGCUAACGAAUUUCGAGUUGGACCGCUCACUCCAUUAUAUAAAUUGUCCACUUUCCCUGGAUUUCACCCUGGUCCUUGGAAAUCUUCAACUGAGUAUCUUCGCUCCCUGAUAAUUUUACAGAAAUCAAUCCUGCAACAACCAGACUGGUUGGAUGAUCGUCGCUCCUUCUUCACGCUCAUGAACACUUACGGGAAUGAUAUCCCAAAAAUCGAGGACAUAGAUACAGAGGUUCGCUCUGAUCAUGCACACUUUACAGCUUGGUAUAAUAUGUUGGAGGCCAAUUUGGACCAUCUGGAUCUUAGCCCAUUUGAUCCACCGCAUUACCCAUUUGUCUUGUUGCAUGAAGAUUUGAACAUUGGUAAUGUUAUGAUGGAUUAUGAGGAUCCCAGAAAAGUAGUUGCAGUCAUUGACUGGGAGGGGAGUCGUGUUGUUCCAUUUUGGGUUGGUUGCUCCUAUAGCUUGAUUGAUAAUUCCAACUGCGGCAAUGAUCCAGAGGAGCAAAAAAUCUAUUGUCGGAUGGUUGAGACUCGCGAUGAAAUCAGGAAGAAGAAUCUUGAUCCAUCACUCUGGAAUGAGCACACCAUCCCAAUCUUCAACAGCUUAUUCAACCUAUACCAACUUGCCUCACGGUCACCUACUCGAGUACCUGUGGCUCUCUUUAAUACAUUGCUGCAGAGAUUUCUAGCAGCUCGCCCCCAGGAGGACAUUGACAUGUUUCAUCCCAUGUUAGAGCUUGGUUUGGGAUAUGCUAAUGAAACUUCCCAAGCACUCGCACGUCUUUACGGUUAUUAA